AUGGCCGAAGCUUGUGAUGUUAUCCCCGUCCCCGAAUUCACUCCCGACUACACCCCGAAAGGCGAAUUCCUCACCAUCGCCGACCGGCCGGUGUACAAAGUGGGCUCGCCGACCUCGGACCUGGUGCUGAUCUGCAUCUACGACGUAUUCGGGCUGCACAAAAACACGUUCCAAGGCGCAGACUACCUCGCGCUGCAAUCGUCCGCCGCGCCGCCGCUCGUGCUGAUGCCGGAUUUCUUCGAGGGCAAACCGCUUGACCCCGCGCGGAUGAAAGAGGAAGGAUACCGCGAGUCCUGGCGAGCGAGCAACAGCGACACCGAGCACCUCGCCUAUCUCGAGCGCGUGCUGUCGUACGUCAAGCAGACCUACCCCGGCGUGAAAGCGAUCGGGCUCUACGGUUUCUGCUGGGGCGGCAAGCUCUCGAUCAUGGCGGCCAAGCACGCGCUCGUCAGCGCAGUCAGCUUGAUCCAUCCUUCUCGCCUCUCCGAGCUCGACGCGGACGGGUGCGAGAGCGUGCCGGUGCAGAUUAUCGCGACGAAGGACGAGAGCGUGGAGAGUUUGGCGGGGUUGGUGGGCAGGUUGGAGAAGUGCGAGUAUGUGCGGAUGGAUGAUAUGUUUCAUGGGUUUGCGGCCGCGAGGGGCGAUUGGGGGGUUGAGGAGCAGAAGGAGAGGGCGCAGGAGGCGUUUAGACUUGUUGCGGAGUUUUUUAAGAGGGUGUUGUUGUAG